AUGGCUGGAGGUACAGCUCUAACUUCAACCUCUGUAGGAUCUAAGUCACUACUUCCAUCGAGGAACCAUGAAGCAGCAGAGAGAGUCAAUAACAACAACAACAACAACAAUAACCUGAAGGCAUUGCCAGUUUCAUCAAUCCAAGGAGAGAUGGCUAAGAGGCCAAGAGGUAGACCAGCUGGCUCCAAGAACAAACCCAAACCACCAAUCAUUGUGACUCACGACAGUCCAAACUCCCUCAAAGCUCAUGCCAUUGAGAUCAGCUCAGGUAAUGACAUCUGUGAGGCUUUAUCAGAUUUCUCAAGAAGGAAACAGAGAGGUCUCUGCAUACUCAGUGCCAAUGGUUGUGUCACCAAUGUGACAUUAAGGCAGCCAGCUUCAUCAGGAGCUAUUGUGACAUUACAUGGACGUUUCGAGAUCCUUUCAUUGCUAGGAUCAAUCUUGCCUCCACCAGCACCAGCUGGGAUCACUGGUUUGACCAUUUACUUAGCUGGUCAUCAAGGACAGGUUGUUGGUGGAGGAGUGGUUGGUGGGCUAAUAGCAUCUGGUCCGGUUGUUCUCAUGGCUGGAUCUUUCAUGAAUGCUGUUUUUGAUCGUCUUCCUCUGGAUGAUGAUGAAGAAGCUGCUUCUAUGCAGAACCAGCAGUACUACCAGAAUGGAAGAUCUCGUCCUUUAGAUGGCAUUCAUGGAUUGCCUCAAAACCUGCUCACUAAUGGAAACUCAGGUUCUGAUGUGUACUCUUGGGGACCUGCGCAGCGUGUCAUGUCCAAACCUUGA